UGAAUUGUGGCUUUUGGAAUUAUGGCAGCGGUGGAUAUCUGAGAUAAUCUGCUGGGAAUCUCUUGGGUCGACAGCUCUUGGAUCCCCAUUUUGAACAGUGGUAGUGUCCUGGAUUACUUUUCAGAAAGAAGUAAUCCUUUUUAUGAUAGGACGUGUAAUAAUGAAGUGGUCAAAAUGCAGAGGCUAACAUUAGAACACUUGAAUCAGAUGGUUGGAGUUGAAUACAUCCUUUUACAUGAGCAGGAGCCCAUUCUUUUUAUCAUUCGGAAGCAACAGCGGCAAUCCCCUGCUCAAGUUAUCCCACUAGCUGAUUACUAUAUCAUUGCUGGAGUGAUCUAUGAGGCACCAGACUUGGAAUCAGUUAUAAACUCCAGAGUGCUUACUGCAGUGCAUGGCAUUCAGUCAGCUUUUGAUGAAGCUAUGUCAUAUUGUCAAUAUCAUCCUUCCAAAGGGUAUUGGUGGCACUUCAAAGAUCAUGAAGAGCAAGAUAAAGUUAAACCUAAAGCCAAAAGGAAAGAAGAACCAAGCUCUAUUUUUCAGAGACAACGUGUGGAUGCUUUACUUGUAGACCUCAGACAAAAGUUUCCACCCAGAUUUGUGCAGCAAAAGUCUGGAGAAAAGCCAGUCCCAGAUUGUGGAAUAAACUAAUGAAUAAUGCUGCUA